CGGAGGGAGCCGAAAAGCAAAGCAAUAAUUUCAUUCUUCGGCUGUCGGGCUGAAGACUGUGUGUAUUUUGGACUUAAAACGGCGACUGGCUGAGGAAGAAGGAAUAAAAGAUGUCAACAAAAACUCCUUUAACUACAGUCAACGAGAAGGUGACGGAAAGUCACACCUCUCACAGCAAUGGCCGUCAGGAGAUCAGCACACGCUCAGGCCGGACGGGCGUGCGUCCGGCCCGCAGCUCCGAGGAGCCGCGGCAGCCCCACGUAGGCAACUACCGGCUGCUCAAAACCAUUGGCAAGGGCAACUUUGCCAAGGUCAAACUGGCCCGACACAUGCUCACAGGCAGAGAGGUGGCAAUUAAAAUAAUAGACAAGACACAGCUGAACCCAAACAGCCUUCAGAAGCUCUUCAGAGAAGUUAGAAUAAUGAAGAUCUUGAAUCAUCCCAAUAUAGUCAAGCUUUUUGAAGUUAUUGAGACCGAGAGGACGCUCUACCUGGUAAUGGAGUACGCCAGUGGAGGAGAGGUGUUUGACUACCUGGUUGCACACGGAAGAAUGAAGGAAAAAGAGGCCAGAGCUAAAUUUAGACAGAUUGUAUCAGCGGUGCAGUACUGCCACCAGAAGCACAUUGUUCACAGAGACCUCAAGGCUGAGAACCUGCUCCUCGACGCAGACAUGAAUAUCAAGAUCGCAGAUUUCGGCUUCAGCAACGAGUUCACUCUGGGCAACAAGCUGGAUACGUUUUGCGGCUCUCCGCCGUACGCAGCACCGGAGCUUUUCCAGGGAAAGAAGUACGACGGGCCAGAGGUGGACGUUUGGAGUCUGGGGGUGAUACUGUACACGCUGGUCAGCGGCUCGCUGCCCUUUGACGGACAGAAUCUUAAGGAGCUGCGGGAGCGUGUGCUCAGAGGGAAGUACCGCAUCCCUUUCUACAUGUCCACAGACUGCGAGAACCUCCUCAAACGCUUCCUGGUGCUCAACCCGUCCAAGCGGGGUACUCUCGAGCAAAUCAUGAAGGAUCGAUGGAUCAAUGCAGAAUUUGAUGAUGACGAGCUCAAACCUUACACUGAGCCAGAGCUGGACAUCACAGAUCAGAAGAGAAUAGAUGUGAUGGUCGGGAUGGGCUACAACUUGGAGGAAAUCCAGGACUCUCUGGCCAAGAUGAAGUAUGAUGAGAUCACAGCCACCUACCUGCUCUUGGGCAGGAAGGCCUCUGAGCUGGAGCCCGGCGACUCGGCAUCCAGCAGCAACUUGUCUCUGGCCAAACCGAGGCCAAGCAGUGAGCUCAACGGCCAGUCGCCCUCCCACCUCAAAGUGCAGAGGAGCGUCUCCUCCAACCACAAACAGAGACGUUACAGCGAGCAAGUUGGUCAGAACCUCCCUCCAGGGAUGGCUCAUCCAAAGAGGAGUCAGACAACUACUGCUGAGAACAGCGUGAAAGAGGAAGGUGGAGUCCAGCUCCGUAAACCGAGCAUCCCAGGAACCCGCGGGGCACCACCCUCCAGCCCUCUGCUGGGCAACGCCAACAACCCCAACAAGGCUGACAUCCCUGACCGCAGGAAAGGAGCCACCACGGCCCCGAGCAAUAACACUGCGUCUGCGGGUAUGACCAGGAGGAACACGUAUGUCUGCAGUGACAGAAACAACACAGACCGCCUCUCCGUCAUUCCUAACGGGAAAGAGAACAGCAACGUUGCCGUGUCUCCCGGCAGUCAGAGGAACCCGGUGGCGUCCACCCACAGCGUCGCCAACGCCACUACGCCCGACCGUCUCCGCUUCCCCCGAGGCACCGCCAGCCGCAGCACCUUCCACGGCGGCCAGCUGAGAGACCGCCGCACGGCCACGUACAACGGGCCGCCGGCCUCCCCUACUCUCUCCCACGAUGCCACGCCUCUGUCUCAGACCCGGAGCCGUGGAACCAGCAACCUUUUCUCCAAACUCACCUCUAAACUCACCCGCAGUCGCCAUGUACCUGGGGAUCAAAAAGGGGAAAAUAAAGACAGUAAACCCCGCUCCCUCAGAUUCACUUGGAGUAUGAGGACCACCAGCUCCAUGGAGCCCUGUGAUAUCAUGCGGGAGAUUCGCAAGGUGCUCGACGCCAACAACUGCGACUACGAACAGCAAGAGAGUUUCCUGCUUCUUUGCGUCCAUGGAGACGGGCGAGCUGAAAACCUGGUGCAGUGGGAGAUGGAGGUUUGCAAGCUUCCCCGUCUCUCCCUCAAUGGCGUCAGGUUCAAAAGGAUAUCCGGCUCAUCCAUCGCUUUCAAAAACAUUGCUUCCAAAGUUGCCAAUGAGUUAAAGCUAUGAACAAAAGGGUUUAAAGUAUACAUAUAUAUAUCUAGAAGUAUUUAAGCUGUACAAUCAUCCAAGUAGCAGUUUCCAAAUGUCUCCUUUUUCUAAACAAAACACAGAGUAUGUAUUGAAUAUUAUAAUGUAUAGAUUAAGGCUUUUGGCAAUAAUCACCGAAUUACCUACUAAUAUCUCAGUCUGUUCUGACCGCACAGGGUCAACAUUAAUGAGUUGAAUAUGAUUUGUCAUGCUGUGAAUGUGGACGAAAAAGCAUUUCUGGUCUUAUUUAUUUCACCUUUAUUUUUCUCUCUCCUGGAAAAAGGAAAAUGACGUAGCGUUCUGUUUUCAGUGUAAAUAAUGUAUCUUACUUUGAAGAUGGCUUCUCUGCAAUACUCAUUUUGUUUUUGUUGUUUUUCUUCUCCUUUUGUAUUUUGUUAAAAAGUAGAGAUGAUGGGGAGUCCAUGUAAAUGCCCACAUGGUUAAGGGUCACUCAUGUCUCAAUUAAAGUGUCUGUCAACU